AACAUAUACUGACUAACAGCAAUCCAAUGCCACAACGUGUAAUUUAACCGUAGUUCACGAUAUAGAGUAUAAUUUUAAAUAAUUCGUGUGGAAAUUCUAGGAAGUUCAAACCUUUUUUCUCAAGGCUUGUUUUUCGUGGUUACCCGGUUAGCUAAAACUCCAACAUGUCAUUUACGUGCGUGCAUUGCGGAGACUCGCAGAAGAAGAAAUUAGAGUUAACCUGUAAACAUGACCUGUGCAACAAAUGCGAAGACGACAUCAAGAAGAAGGGAGACGAUGCCGGUGCCCAGGAAUUCCACUGCCCUGAGUGCAACAAGGGCGUCGAACAUCAAGCUUUGAACAAGAAAGGCGAUAAAAAGAAAAACCCACAAGAAGAGUUGGCCGAGAAACGUAGGCAGUACCACGAAAAGAAGAGCGAAAUAAUAAAGAAUUUGGAAGAUUUGGAACGUGAGAACAGAAAACUUGAAGACUUUAUGAAGAGAUUGAACGUUAUUGGAGAAAAGACUAAGGUCAAUGCAUCAUAUGUGCGUAACGAUAUCAACCAGGAGUGCGACGCCCUCAUCUUAAUUAUAGAGAGAAGACGAAGAGUCAUGUUGGGGAAAGUGGACGAUGCGCAGGCGCGAAAAUUACGAACUUUGCAGACACAAAUGCGAAGCUGUCAACAAGCUAGAAGCAAAGGACUCGCUGUUGUCAUCCGAACCAACAGAGCUCUGGAACGAAUGCCCCAGGACACAUUAAUAACGAAAGCAGAUUCAAUUAAUGGGAGUAUUGACGAUGCUAAGGAAUCCUACCCAGAACUGAAUCCAGAAAUAGAUGAAAAAAUCAAUUACAAAGUAGACUUCAGCAGCACCAAAGAACAGUUAGAGCAGCUUGACCUUGAAGAAGUUGAAGACGAAGGAGAGGAAGAGGGCGGUGAGGAAGACGAGAAGGAAAAGGGAGAAUGGACUGAAUUGGCAGAUGAAAACAAAGAUGGAAAUAAAAAAGAAAAUGAAGAGGAUGGAGAGAAAAAAGGAGAUUGGACUGGACUAGCCGAAGAAAACUCUUAAAUAUAUUAUAAAUGCACAUGUCAGAAAUGCAUAUUUGUAAUACUUGUUAUUUGUAAAAAUUGUUAGGUUUAUUUUUUUAAACUGUUUCGUUCUUUUCUGUAGCUAAUUAGAUGGGUGGGUGUCGAACAAAACACACAAGACACAAGCAAAUUAUGUUACCAUGACAAAUAUUAGUUCGCAAAAACAACAUCAAUGUGUCAAUUAUUGCUUAAAGUGCCACUGUCUUCACAUUGCGUGUAUUAAUAUUGAAGCAAGUAUGUUCUAUUUUAUAUGUAUGUAGGUUAUACUAAGUUUUGUAUAAAUAUUGUAAAAUAUUUCAACCAAUGGUCUUUCAUAUUAAGAUUAGUGUAUAUUUACAUUUAAACAGACAUAUAGUGUUACAGGCUGCAGUCAAAGGGUGGUGCAAAGUUGAAUAUAUAUAUGUAAAUAAAAUCAAUUUGGCGUUGAUUGUGCUUGAAAAUGAUAAUUAUGGAUUGUGUGUCUGUUGGUUGAUUUUGAUUGCACAAAGAUCUCGCGAGAGUAGAUGAUGAGAUUCAACGUUAGUGCCUGAUAGCUAAAGUAGCACUGUUCUCGUUCUGUUGUCUCUUAAUUUUGCUUGUGUUAAGAUUUUGUCUAUAUUUUUUCUAUGAUUUUGUUCCAAAACCUGACACAAUUACAGAGUCCUGAUUGGAUUUCGUCACUUUUUCUUGUACGAUGUUUCAAUAGCAAUACAUAGCACGAGGUCA